AGAGUCGCGGAGGCGGCUGAUCAGAAUAAAGCGGAGCAAUUUCUUAAAUCUCUUUUACAGUGUUAUAAUUUUUGACACUGUUAUGAAGAUGAUUUCGUAAACAUGAGGAAAUCUUGUUGCAUUGAAGAAGGUGGUAUUUGUUCAGAAUCGUCAAGCUCGAUGGUCUUGCGAAGUGCUUGCUCUCAUAAGCAUUCACCAAUUUUAAAAACGGUCAAGGGAGUCAACAUUCGGGAAUCCACCCCGAAGCCAAGAAAAAGAGAUGAUGAAACUAGUCAAGUGACUAUUAAAUCAAGAGGGGCACAGUAAUUUACAAAUUUCAUCUAUAAUAGGAACUUCAUUUAAAGAACUUGCUUUUAAAUCCAUUGAAGAAUCAUAUUCUUGUUCAAAGGAGAUCUGUAGUACUUUAGAGUCUUCUAGAGAAGAUAGCUUUACAGUCUAUGAUGUGAGUUCUCUGAAUUCAACGUGUGCAAAAGAGCAGAAUUAUCAUAGAAUCGCCAUCUCCAGUGAUUCUCAUUUGAAUGAUAACGCUCUGCAAAAAGAGAAAUGUAGUGAUUAUUCCAGUGGAGCAGAAAGUGAUCUGAGCAAAAGUGUUUCGAAUGAUAUAUCUUGGAAAAUGUCUAGGGGCCAAAGAACCACCAGAAGUUCUUCAUCUAGGAGGACUAUUUCUGAAACAGACUCUGAAGAAGAAUCUUCUGUUCAAAGAAAUUUGAUAACAGGAAGGUCUGACCUAAAUUCAAAUGUUAAUUUAGCAUCUGCAAAUCAUGGUUUUUUCAACCGUGGAACUCACAAUCAUAAUAAUAUUUCUUCAAGCUCUCAAAUGAUGAGCAGAUCCAAUUUAGCACUAUCAUCCAAUAAUAUGCGUCAACAUUCUGAAGGAACUCCUGAAAAUAAUAGAAGAUCAUAUUUUCCUGAAUCUCCACAGCUGAAUGUCUCAGAUGUUCAAUAUUCUUAUUUUGAUAGAGCUAGAUGGUUCAUAUGGAAGUGCAUUUACAUAAAGAUCAUAAAAAACAUUAAUUUUGAUGUUUGGUGUCUGUCUAGGUUGCAUAACUAUGGUAAAUCCAAAGCUAUUUUUAUGUUACUACUACCUCUCUUACUAUUUGUGAUAUGGGGUUCCAUGCAGGAAGAAUGGCAAACCUGCUUGGCACCUUCCACCGGAGCCAUGAGUUAUGGUCUUCAUUCCAUAGCUAAUUUUGCUUCAUUUCUACCAUUUUUGAGAAGUUAUUCAAGUCAUCAAGAAGAAGAUAUUUCUUCUGCUCAAGAUAGUCAAAUAACUCCAGAAACUACUCCAGGAGCAGCUUAUUUGUUCUCUGGUUUGUCUAACUUGUUCUUGGGCCUCUUCUAUAAACCUUCCGAAAAUCCUGCUAACAACCCUGAACUUUCUGAAUACAUUUCCCUAAAGAAAGAAAGCAAGGAAGAAAUUCGCCUACUGGCUGUAGAAAUUUUAAAAGAAGAAAGUCGAAAUUUGUUAGAAAGUUUUAAAGCUUCUCUUAGUCAUUUGCCUCACAAUGGUGAAAAGGAAGAAAAUGAAGAGAAAUUUAAAGUGCAGAUCGAUGGUCUUCAGCAAGAAAUCAAAGAUUUUAAAGAAAGAAUUGUAAAAUUGGAUGAAAGUAUUAAAUUAAACAUUCAAAGAAUGAACAAGUUAGAAACCACAAAUGAGUUUGAAUCAAAUUUGCAACAAAAUGUGGAUUCUAUAAAUGCAAAAUUGAAAAUCUUAGAGGAAAAAAUUGGGGCAAUUGGAGAGGUGAAAAAAUGUUGUGAUCAUAAGUGGAAUUUAGAAUCAAUAGAGAUAAGUCUCAUUGCAGCCCUGAAAAAAAUUAUUAAAUCUGAAUCAAAAGAUAAUUCUACAUAUCAAUUUUUGUAUGACUGGUUAAAUUCAAAAUUUGUCAAUCAAGAAACUGUGACUGAGGAAAUCAAAUUGGCUGUGCAGCAACUGAAGGCAGAACCGAAGACAUCACGGCCUAAUUUUGAGAAAAUCAUAGAAAAUCUCGUUUUGAAGCAAGUUGAAGCUAUGAAAGCCAACUUAACUUCUACAACCACUGCUCAAGAUUUCAGCAGCGAACGUAGCAGUUCCAGCGUAUUUUCCGAAGAUAAUGUGGAAAAAAUGAUCAAAGAAGCUCUUCUCAUUUAUGAUGCCGACAAAACUGGAAAAGCAGAUUAUGCUCUUGAAUCGGGAGGUGGAAGUAUCAUAGGAACCAGAUGUUCUGAAGCAUAUGUCGAGAAGAGUGGAAAGUUCAGCAUUUUUGGUUUGCCUCUCUGGUCUCUUUCUAGUUCUCCCAGAACUGUCAUCCAGCCAGGUAUGCAACCAGGUCAGUGCUGGGCUUUCAAAGGUAGUCAAGGAUUCCUCGUCUUGGAGUUAUCUUCUGUGAUCUAUCCAUCUGGUUUUACUUUAGAGCAUAUUCCCAUUUCACUGUCACCCACUGAAUCCAUAGACAGUGCACCGAAGGAGUUUUCUGUUUGGGGUUUGUUGUCGGAAGAAGAUAAUUCCGGGAAAAUGCUUGGAAAAUAUUUGUAUGAUAUCAAAGAAGAUCCUCUCCAAUAUUUCCCGAUUCAGAAUUUCAUCGGAGAGCCUUUCCAGUAUUUAGAACUAAAAAUUCACAACAAUCAUGGAAACAUGGAUUAUACUUGCUUGUAUCGUUUCCGAGUCCAUGGCAAACGAGCAAGGUGAAGUUAAGUCAAGUGCAGUGAUACCAUCAGGAUGUGCCAUAAAGCUUCCUAAUGAUUAAAAACUUUUAAUGGUGCUUGUCAAUUGUAUAAAAAUGUAUAUAAAAUUGUUUUUAAGAAAUCAAUAUGUAAAUAAAAUAUUAUAAUUAUUA